AUGGGGGGGCGCGGAGGAGACGCCGGAAGUGGCAGUGGUACGAGUCCGACUGAGGGGUUCUCACUGCCGGCGUCCUCCACCCGCGCGGCGGCCAGAGCCAAGGCCCGAGGGGGUGGGCGUGGCGGACGCCGGAACACGACCCCCUCCGUCCGCUCUCCGCGCGGGGCGGCGCAGCGUCGCUCCCCUCCACCAGCUGCCAUGAGCGAGCGCCUCCGCCCUAGGAAAAGAAGAAGAAAUGGCAAUGAAGAAGAUAAUCAUCUUCCCCCACAGACCAAAAGGAGCACGAGAAAUGCUGUCUUUCAGGAUUCCUGGGACACUGAGACAGUACCUGUAACCAGAAACAGUAAAGAAAGCAGACUAAGAGGAAACAGAGCAUUCUUGUCGUCUUCCAGCAGUGACAGUGGUGGGAGCAGCAGCAGUAGUAGCAGCAGCAGCAGCAGCAGCAUCAACAGUCCUGACAGGGCCAGUGGGCCAGAGAGCAACCUGACCCAGGUCAUCCCAGGAUCGAGCCCCAACACCCCUCAGCCGGCACCUGAGCAGUCUGCACUGUGCCAAGGCCUCUACUUCCACAUCAACCAGACCCUGAAGGAGGCUCACUUUCACAGCCUGCAGCACCGGGGCCGGCCUCCCACAUGAAGGGCUGGCAGUUUCUUGCCUUCUGUGAAGGGACAGUGCUGUGCAGAUUCGGUAUUUCAACCUACAAUUUGUUUUAAAAAAAAUUGCACACAAAGAUGCCUGUUGGCUUUUCAGUCUAUAUUUGAAAUAACAGGUUAACAGGCAAUUGUUUACUUGUGGUGUUGCUGCACUAUUGCAAUUUCCAAGGGGCUUCGGAGCAAGUUUUUAUAGGAUUAAGGGAGGAGGGAGGGAGGAAACCUGUGUGUUGCAUCCAUAGUGUCUCAUUCAGAUUCGUUUCCAAGUUUGUCAAUUAGAUUUGACUUUUAUGUAAAAGGGCCUUUACAAAAUGCAGAAUCUUCAAUUUUUUAUUCAAUAAACUAGUCAUGAAAAUUCAGUUUCCAUGAAAAAAA